AUGGAACAGCGGCCUGUUCAGCCCAUGAACUGCAACGGCACGCGCCGCCGGCCUCAGGCCCUUCAGCCCCGUACCGGACGCCGCAGCAGGCCGGUCCGUCUCGGUCGAGCUGGCCUUGGUCCUGGGCGUCUCCGUCCCGUCCGAUGUCUUGUGUACCGGCGCACCAACACCCUUCUCCAAGUCCUCGCCGUCGUUCAUGGUGGCGUGCCUCCUCUCCUGCUCCUGCUCCUUCUCCGCCACCGCAGCCGCGCUGUCGCUGCCCCCAAUCUCCGCGACCGAGAAAAUGGACUUCCACCUGUGCUGGCCCUCGUCGCGAGGGGUCGGGUAUCCGAAACCGCCAGCGACGAGCGCGCGCUUCGUCCACCGGUUCCCGAUGCAGGCGAUGUGCCAGUCGACGGGGUCCGGUGCGGCGUAGCGGUCCAGCUGGUUGCGCACGUCGAUGAGCUGCUGCACGCUGCUGACGUCGACGUGGUUGACGCUGCUGAAGUCGAGGAUUAUGGCCUUGAGCGUGGGCAGGUCCGGGUUCUCGCCCGCGAUGUGCAGGUUCCCGCCGCUGCGCUGCGCCUUCUUCAGCUCGCGCUUCGACGGACCCGGGUCGUUCCACGGCCGGUCGCCCGGACGGGCGUACUGGGUCAGGUUCGUGCGGCGCGUGUGCGAAAACACGUACCGCGUCAGGUACUCGAGCGUGUGCGAGGCGUUGGGGUAACUGAACCCUUCGGUGAAGCGGUAGAUGAAGACGCCAGGGUAGGGGCUCUCGACCUCGACGUCAGGGUUGGAGCCGUCGCCGUGGUCGAUGGGCAGGAAGAUGUUUCUGGUCGAGGCGCCGCCGGUGCCGGUUGCGCUUUGGCCAAAGGUGCCGUACUCGCGGUGAUCGUCGCCGAUGAUCCUGUCGUCGAGGAUCGAGUGCACCCUGACGGGGCCGAGGAAGCGGCCGCGCGCCUUGAGGAUGCGGCCGAGGAGGAUCGCCGCCGAGAUGGCUACGGUGGCGUAGAUGCCGUUUUCGAUGGUGGAGAAGACGGUGAUGAUGACACCGAUAAAGAAUAUCACUACUUCGAUCGGCGACACGCACCAGAACUGGUACAAGGUAUUCGGGGGCGUGAUCAAAUCACCGACGGCGUGGAUAAUGACGGCAGCGAGCGAUGCACUGGGGAUGUAGAAAAAGACGGGUGGCAGGACGUAGAUGGCCAACAGCACCACGACGGCAGUGAUGACUCCCGCAAAAGGAGACUUGGAGAUGGCGAUGUGCUCUAUCAGAAGAACAAUAACGGCGGCGGGGAGAUUGCUGGCCAAUGCACCAACAACUCGAGCUUCCACGACGGCAGGAUCACAAACACAGUCCUGAGUGUUCCCAAGAAGAAGUAGAGCUUCUGCUUCUCGGGCCACUUCUUAGCCGCAAAUGAACAAGCCGACCUGAUUAUGUAGAGCAUCGCCAAGGCCGUCAACCCCAUGGCCGCAUCGAGUUUGGUCGUUCCGAGAUUCUUUAGUGUGUUGAUCAGAACCAGAUAAGACGCAUCACGAGUUGAGACGCCCGAAAUUCCCAUCAUGGUUGGGAUCUGACCGAUGACGAUGCUGAUGGCACUGCCUGUCAUGAAAGCCGACAAACUCGUCAAGCUGAUCAGGUCGACAAUGAAGCCUGUUCUUGUGAGGCCGAGGAAGAGGACGAUGGCACCUGUGAUGAUUGACAAGGCGGAUGCGACUACGUGCCCAGGGACGUCCGGGAACUUUUCCUUCAUCUCAAUGACGAUGCCACCAACGAGUGUUGACAUGACGGCAACAGGACCUAUGGUAAUGUCUUUGGAUGUCGCGAAGAACCAGUAAAUCAAAACUCCCAUAAACGAAGAGUACAGACCAAAUUGCGGCUCCAGGUUGGCGAGAAUGGCGUAUGCCAUGCCUUGCGGAACCACCACGGCGCCGAUGGUGAUGCCUUGACAGAAAACAAAAAGGUCAGCUAGGUUCUAGGACGUCUAACAAAAAUAAAGCCCAAGAAAAAUCUUACCGGC